AUGACGACACAUCCCUUUGGGGCAGUUUCUUCUCCAGCCUGCGCAGCUUCGGCGCUACGACAGUGUGCCGCUGACAGUGAAGGACAGGUUUCACGAGAGGUCGUAAGCACCAUUAGAAGGAGCUUCUACGUAGAUGAUGUGCUAAAAUCUCUUGUCGAUGAUGAUCAAGGGAUCGACGUGAGGAGGGGUGUGACUAAUGCAGCUAAGGAAAAAGGAGGAUUCAGAGCGUGCCAGUGGAUUAGCAACAGCAAGCCCGUGAAUGACUCCAUCCCGUUAUCAGAAAGGUCAAAGAAACUAGAGCUAGCUAUUGACAGUGAGGAGCUACCGACUGAAAGAGCUUUAGGGAUAAUUUGGGAUACCGAGACAGAUACGUUCACGUUCAAAAUUAGGCUAAAGGUGAAAGCGGCUAAGGAGGAGAAUUCUGUCGGUCAUCAGUAG